CUGGACCCCUGGGUGGUUGUGGUGGAGCCACGCAGGGAGGACAUCUUCAAGAAUGAACUCCGCACUGCUGAUCUCCAUGCUGGGGCUGGUCUGGGUGAAUCAUGCCCAUAGUAACGUUCCCUUCAAGAAGGACUUUGAUUUAAACAAGUUUUCAGGUUUCUGGUAUGUAAUUGGAAUAGCAACAGAUUCGGAACGGUUUAUGGCACCGAAGGGCUCAAAGAAGAUCGCAGGUUCCAUCGUUAGCACGGAUAACGGCCUAAUGCGAUUGAAGUUUUCUUAUCACCUGACAGGAGGGUGCCAGGUAGAAAAUUUAGUUGGGAAAGAAAUAAUCCAUGGGAAAUACCAUUUUCCUGGGAAAAGAGACGUGUACGUAUCAGAUACUGAUUAUCAAGAUUACGCCGUGCUCUACAUAACUGCGUAUAUUGAUGGAGAAAACCACGAUGGGGUGAUGUAUUACAGUCGGACUAAGGAUCCAACUGAAAAGGGCAAGAAGAAAUUCACGGAAAUCAGCCAGACGGGCUUCCAUAAGUACAAGAAAGAACAAAUUGUUAUGCUCCAAAAAGACGAUGAGUGCAUCAAAGCGCUUGACGAGGUAUGUCAACUUUUCUCUCCCUGUCCUUCCUAGAUGCCAGCCUGCCUGACAGGGAAAUUGCCUUAAACAGUCAUGCUCCUUGCUCGCUUGAUGCUUUUAAUCUAAGCUAGUGGGCUAUAACUUUCUCUUUAUAAUAACUGUGGUAUUUGUUAAGCACUUUCUAGGUGCCAGACAUUGUACUGAGCGCUGGCGUAGAUAUAAGAUAAUCAGGUCAGACCCAAUCCAAAUUCCACGUGGGGCACUCAGACUAAGUGGGGAAGGGAUAGUAGACAUUUAAAUCCCUGUUUUACAGAUGAGAAAAUAGAGGCACAUAGAAAUCAAGUGACAUGCCCCAGGUUAAACAGCAAGC